GAAUGCUAUCGAAUCACACUUUACAGCGCCUCUAGCGGUUAGAGGAAGUCGUCCCCAUGCCAGAGGAGAUGAAAGCGGGAGUAUCAAAGCCGCAUCACUGAGAGGUGCUGAAGCAUCACGCAACUACGUUGAGACAAACCUUACCAAUUCAUCAUUGAAGACUGCAACAAAAUGGCCAGUGAAACAAUCGCAAAGAAAACGUGGAAAGUCAAGGUACAGUGGUGGGAUAAUCAGAACAUGUACAUCAUAUGCCCGUGGUGCAAGGAAAUCCAUCGCCACGGCUUCAAUGGGAACUAUUCCCAACGCCACCGACGUGCCCCUCAUUGUGAUUCAGUCCACGAAGGAUACAGAAAAUCCCAAUACCUCGGGUACUACCUUGAUUACGAGAUAGAAUUCCCAGUGUUGCCAGAGGAUACCUUCGAGAUUGACAAGGAUAAGCUUCGGUUCGUAGCGGGUGGAGCUCGUGUGCCCGAUGAAGAAGAUAAUGUCCCGGAGGACAAGGUAAACCACAUGAAGGCUGCCUUUAGGGAAUCGAUCGAGAGGAAGCGAAAGUGGACAGAGGCAAUUGAGUCCCAGGUUGUCUACGAGGAUUUCUCGAACAGAAAGAUAGUCCUUGUAGUAAGCGAGAUGGUACGGGGCAACGUCGAGUAUGUUCGCAAAUACCUCGACUCCUCCUCAGAGGCCGACAUAUUCUUACAUGGUGUUUACUCACGGGAGAUGCCUCCGUGCGAUGAGUCUGAUGAUGAAAGCGAGGGAAUAAGCACGAAAAAUAACGUGGUGGAGACAGAAGGGGUGACCGCAUUGCAUAUGGCCGCAUGUGAAUCAUCGUCUGAAAUGGUCGAACUUCUUCUCUCGAAGGGCGUUGAUGCGAACGCUACCGACUACAACGGUCGAACUGCUCUCAUGGAGGCAGCACUGUGGGGUCGACUGGAAAACGUUGAGAUUUUAUUAAAGCACAGGGCUGACAAGUCCAAGAAAUGCAUCGAUGGCGGGCAACUUCGGUGCGCUGCUGAUUUUGCAAAGGCGCUGAAGCAGAACGAAAAAACACGAAGGAGGCGCGCUGGUGGCUGUGAGCGGGAGUCCGAGCCCAUCUAUAAGGAAGAUACGUAUGCGAGGAACAAGGAUCGCGAAGAUAUUGUCUCCCUUCUUGAGGGUGUGGCAGACGAGCCAGGUCCCUACCAGCUAGACGCAUGUUUCUAUCAGCGCUCGCCCAACGACCGCAAGAUGCUCUCCCUAACGAUGUAUUACAGUCUUCCCACGGAAUGGAAGACAGUUGCACUCAUGAUCCGCAGUGGAGGGCUUCCAGAAAUUGCUGCCAUGAGUGGUUGGACGCAUGGACAAAACGAAGACAUUCAUGUCCCUGGCCAAGACUGGACAAAGGUACUCCGCCUAUGCAAGCAGGUUAAAUUUAACCCGGAACCUGAUGAGCGCCGUGACCAAGGCGAACCGGGUCGAUUCAAUGCUUGUCACGCGGAGAAACAAUUAAUCGCGUACUUCGUCCACAGGCACCGAUUCUUAGAGUGUGAACUGCCCAUCCCUGAGAGGCCGGAAGUUGAGUCAUUAUUUUCGGAGCUCACUUUGGAGGAACACAAGACGAAGCUUGUGGAUCUAUGGAAAAUAUCUCCGAGCAAUCCCUUGAAGGAGGCCAAGAUAUUGGUCAGUAGCCCUUUAUGCGAUGACUGCAGAAGCUUUGUGAAAAAGGUGAAUAAUGUGCUGGGCUUGGAUUUGAAGCUAUACCAUCGUUGCUUGGAGUCGACAUGCAAGGUGUGUUCGAAUUAGGCCUGGGUACUAUCAGUUAAGCCAGUCGAAACAGGAUAUGAUGGAGGAAUUAGUAUCACACUCGAGGAAAACGCUGCGUGG